CGAUUUUAGGCCCAUGCUAAGAUAAGGGAAGAUUCCGGCAAGUCAAUUGACACGCCCUACGGGCAUAAUGGUUCAGGUACUAUUGUGCAGUCCGCAAAGGACAUUGAUUUAAGAUCAGUUCAAAGGACAGCCGUGUUCUGCUGCUCCUCUCUAUCCGUACCGUGACGCCCGAACUUCUUUCCUUGCCACUCGUGUCAAAGAUGAGAGCCCCAGUGCAGGAGCAUUUGGUGAUCGCCGUCUUCUUUCCGGAAGAUCCUCGGCUGGUGGAUAUCAUCCGCAAAGCGUACCCCGACUUGAAAAUCACAUGGGUCCAAUCCCCGGAUCCAGGGCUCGGGAUAGCUCCUGGAGAAUGUGUACCUAGAGAUGUUUGGGAAUCUGCAACUAUCUUGUUGACGUUCAAAGAACUUCCACCCAAGCAAGAAUAUGUUCCAAACUUAAAAUUCGUCCAGAUACACUCCGCCGGCGUUGACCAUGUCAGCAAACACCCAAUCGUUGCCAACUCUGACAUCACCAUGGCUACUGUGUCUGGCAUUCACGGCCCGCCAAUCGCUGAAUGGGUCAUCAUGAGCUACUUGACGUUUUGUCGAAAAUACAAUACUUCAUAUGCAUGGCAGCAGAAGCACGAAUGGCACAGUUUCGGCGACCGCCUCUCUGGCGUCUACGACAACCAGGGCAAACGCGUAGGCGUUCUGGGCUACGGUAGUGUCGGACGACAAAUCGCCCGUCUCUCCGCGGCCAUGGGCUCCUCCGUCAUCGCAUACACCAUGUCCCCUCGGGACACGCCCGAAUCGCGGCGCGACCACGGCUACGUGAUCCCCGGCACGGGCGACCCCGAUGGGAGCAUCCCCGAAGCCUGGUUCAGCGGCAAGGACAAAGCCUCGCUGCACAAAUUUCUGUCGCAGGAUCUCGACCACCUGAUCAUCUCCGUGCCCUUGACCAGCUCGACCGAGAAGCUCAUUGGGCCCGAAGAAUUCGGGAUUCUUGCCCGUAACAAGACCUUUGUGACAAACAUUGCCCGCGGCAAGGUCAUUGACCAGGACACCCUCAUCAAAGCCCUCCACGCGGGAGAUAUCCGCGGCGCCGCCCUCGACGUGACGGACCCGGAACCCCUCCCUGCCGAUAGCCCCCUCUGGGAUGCCCCCAACUGUACCGUCUCCCCGCAUAUGAGCUUCCUCUCGGAUAAGGCGUUUGAUCGCAUUUUUGAUGUGCUACGGAUCAAUCUGGGCAAGUACUUUAGCGGUGAGAAACUGCUGAAUCAGUUGGAGAGACACAAGGGUUAUUAAUUUGAUCCUUGUGUCUUUUUCGUCUUGGUUCUUGGUUCUUCGUUAUUAUCUUGAUUCUUGGAUCAAUCUUGUAUCUUUGCUAUCUUGAUUCAUGUGUCUUGGUUCAAUUCUGGGUCUUAUGUGGUAUUGGAAUUGAACAGCCAGCUGGU